GGGAUAGUUUUAACCACCGUGUUGGAAGUUUAACACACAUGUACUGUACUUAACUAGACAUGGUGGCGUGUUAAAAAUAACACGUUAUGUCACUUUAACGCAUCUGUUUUAAGAGUGUGCAUUCAGCUCAAACAACACGAGCCGAUGUUCAGAGCAGGGACACUAAUUUGCGCGUCCUCACAUGCUGAUAAGAAUCAUCACUCAUAAGAGAAAAGCAGUAUGGUUGUAGGGCUCUAGGAUGGUGUUUAUCAUAUGAGUGAAACAGAAAGUAAAUGAAACGGGAACAUAAACGUCAGUUUAAAGACGGAGCAAAAAGAAGAGGGAGUGAAAAGUGAAAUCAUUAACUUUAAUAAAAGAACGGAGUUGGCUAGAACCCAUUUGUGGUUUAAUCUGGUCUAAUGUGUUCCAGUCUCCUGAGAUAGGAGGCACUGUUUCUAAAAUGAGUCUCUCAAAGGAGCCAGAGACCAAAGAUGGAACCUUCAGCACUGACAGAAAGAGGAUCCAGGUAGAAAGAGCAGAGUCACCUGUACCCAGCUGUCUGUCUAUGAAGAGUGAUCGUUCAGUGGUUCGUAAAAUCUGCUUCAAAGGAGACAUAACAGGAGAUCAAAGGAUACGGCAUUCACUUCAGUCCAGCUCUUUAGAAGUGACGAGUUCAAAGAUAUUAUCCUCCCCAAAACAGUCUCUCCUGCGAACUCUGAUGAAGCGUAAAAAGGACGAAAAGUUGAAAGUGUUUCAGACCCAUCUGAGUCAGGAUUUCCCAGAAUGCUUCAAGAUUCUGUAUGAAGAUACUUCUGUACUAGAUAAGUGUAUGAAGAUGAAGAAAUUGUUCAAGAGUCAUCAAAUUCAUGACUACCCAGAAUGCAUUGAGGGAGAGCAGGAGGACCCUGAGGCGCUGUACAUAGUUGAGAAGAUGCUGGAGACCUGUGGCAGUGAGAAGUCUCUGAAGAUAACACUCCACAUCCUGAGGGACAUGAAGGAGAAGGAUCUCGCCGACUCACUGGAGAGGGAUGAGCAGCACAGUAAGAGCUUUCUCUCAUUGCUACUAUGUGCCAUUGGAAUAUUGAAAUAUGAAUCUAUAAAAAGAGCCCAGCAGGCACUGAAAACUCAUCUGAAGGGAAAGUUUGAAUGCAUAUUUGAAGGUUUAGCAAAGCAGGACCACCCAACCCUCCUCAGUGAGAUCUAUACAGGACUCUACAUCACAGAGGGGGGAAGUGGGGGUGUCAAUAAUGAACACGAGGUCAGACAGAUUGAGACAGAAUCCAAGAGACAAACCACACAGGAGACUGCAAUCCUCUGCAAUGACAUCUUUAAGCCUUCACCUGGACAAGAGAAACCCAUCAGAACAGUGCUUACAAAGGGCAUCGCUGGCAUUGGGAAAACCAUCUCUGUGCAGAAGUUCAUUCUGGACUGGGCAGAAGGAAAAGCCAAUCAGGAUGUUGAUUUCAUCUUCACUCUUCCAUUCAGAGAUUUGAACUUGAAGAACGAAAGAGAAUUCAGUCUGAUGCAACUUCUGCAGCAUUACUUUCCACAAUUGAAAGAGAUCAAAAGUAUUGAAAGUGAUGAAGUCAAAGUUGUGUUUAUCUUUGAUGGUCUGGAUGAGUGCCGACUUUCUCUAAAUUUCCAAAGCAAUGAGACCUGCUGUGAUAUAACAGAGUCAUCAUCAGUGGAUGUGCUGCUGACCAACCUCAUUAAGGGAAAUCUGCUUCCCUCUGCUCUCCUCUGGAUCACCUCCCGACCCGCAGCAGCCAGUCAGAUCCCUCCUGAGUGUGUCCACCGAGUAACAGAGGUACGAGGGUUCAAUGACCCACAGAAGGAGGAGUACUUCAGGAAGAGAAUCAGAGAUGAGAACCAGGCCAGCAGAAUUAUCUCACACAUAAAGUCAUCCAGGAGUCUCCACAUCAUGUGUCACAUACCAGUCUUCUGCUGGAUUUCUGCUACUGUUCUGGAGACAAUGUCGGGUAAAGCAGAGAGUGGACAUCUGCCCAAAUCUCUGACUGAAAUGUACACACACUUCCUGCUCAUUCAGACUAAUGUAAAGAAUCAGAAAUAUCAUGGCACCAAUGAGACAAACCCAAAGAAAAUGUCAAAAUCAGACACAGAAAUCAUUCUGAAACUGGGGAAGCUGGCUUUUCUACAGUUGGAAAUGGGCAAUCUGAUAUUCUAUGAAGAGGACCUGAGAGAGAGUGGCAUUGAUGUCAGUGAAGCUUCAGUGUACUCUGGGGUGUGCACAGAGAUCUUUAAAGAGGAAUGUGGAUUGCAUCAGGAGAAGAUCUACUGCUUUGUGCAUCUGAGCAUUCAGGAGUAUCUGGCUGCCUUGUUUGUGUUUCAUUCAUGUGUAAAUGAGAACAGAAAUGUUUUUAGAGCAGAAGAAUUAAAAUUUCACAUUUACAGAGUGCAGCUGUCUGAGUUACACAAGAGUGCGGUGGAUCAGACCUUAGACAGUAAGACUGGACACCUGGACCUUUUCCUCCGAUUCCUUCUUGGCCUCUCUCUGGACUCCACGCAGACUCUCUUAGGAGGACUACUGACACAGACAGGACAUAGAUCAGAGAGCAAUAAGAAAACAAUCCAGUACAUUAAGAUGAAGAUUGAAGAGGAAUACUCUGUGGAGAGGACCACCAAUCUGUUCCACUGUUUGAAUGAAUUGAAUGACAACUCUCUAGUGCAGGAAAUCCAGAAUUACCUCAGAUCAGGAAAGCUUUCCAAUCAAGAGCUGGAACCACACCAAUGUUCAGCUCUGGCCUUCGUGUUACUGAUGUCAGAGGAGGUCCUGGAUGAGUUUGACUUGAGGACCUACAACACAUCAGCAGCAGGUCAUCAGAGACUGGUACCAGUAGUCAAGAACUGCAGGAAGGCCAUACUGAACAGCUGUGACCUCACAGAGAAGUCCUGUGAUGUUGUGGCCUCAGCUCUCCAGUCAUCAAACUCACCCCUGAGAGAUCUGGACCUCAGCUACAAUAAGCUGGGAGAUUCAGGAGUGGAGCUGCUCUGUGCUGGUCUGAUGAGUCCAAACUGUAAGCUACAGAGAUUGGGACUGAACAGCUGUAACCUCACAGAGAAGUCAUGUAAUGAUGUGGCCUCAGCUCUCCAGUCAUCAAACUCACCCCUGACAAAUCUGGACCUCAGCUACAAUAACCUGGGAGAUUCAGGAGUGAAGCUGCUCUGUGCUGGACUGAAGAGUCCAAACUGUAAACUGCAGAGACUGGGCCUGUCAGGCUGUGGAGUCACACAGAGAGGCUGUGAUUCUCUGGCUUCAGCUCUGUGUUCAAACCCCUCACACCUGAGAGAACUGGACCUCAGCAACAAUAACCUGCGAGAUUCAGGAGUGAAGCUGCUCUGUGCUGGACUGAUGAGUCCAAACUGUAAACUGCAGAGACUGGGAUUGAACAGCUGUGACCUUACAAAGAUGUCCUGUGAUAUUGUCGCCUCAGCUCUCCAGUCACCAAACUCACCCCUAAGAGAUCUGGACCUCAGCUACAAUAACCUGCGAGAUUCAGGAGUGAAGUUGCUCUGUGCUGGACUGAUGAGUCCAAACUGUAAACUGCAGAGACUCAGACUGAACAGCUGCGACUUCACAGAGAAGUCCUGUGAUAUUGUGGCCUCAGCUCUCCAGUCAUCAGACUCACCCCUGAGAGAUCUGGACCUCAGCUACAAUAACCUGGGAACUGUCAGGCUGUGGAGUCACACAGAGGGGCUGUGA